AUGAAAGGCCUCAUCCGCAACAGUACAGCCGGCCAACUGCUGCGCUGGAUAACCAGAAAUAAAGUUCUACUGCACCCUGAGGAACGUCCGGACUUCCAAUGCCCUCAUUGCUACGCCGACAGAGCCGCCUCCCCGACACUGUUCGUUCAUGAAGGGGAUGGCGAGCCGUCCCCGAAGCCCGAAUCCGACGCGGAGGAUGAACAACGCGAAGAUACAACAGAGAAACCCUCUCGAUCCGAAUCUCCAGACGGAGAAACCCUGGACACGUCUGAACUGACCCGCGUGCCUUCGAUGGCGGACGUGGAAAAGGUCCAGACCCAAACGGACUUGGCACGUAUCUAUACAGCUGCCACGCAAACAGAAGCACUGCAGAAGGCUCCUAGCCGACCUAUCGCACCUACCAAGACCGCAGAUGGUACAAUCCUGGUUGAUUGGUAUACCACGCGCGAUCCCGAGAAUCCCCAGAACUGGACCACUACCAAGAAGCUAGUCGUCGUCUCUCAGAUCUAUCUCUACACCUUGGUCGUCUACAUGGGCUCGUCCAUUUACACCCCCAGCGCGACUCAGAUUCAAGAACGGUUCGGAGUCUCUUCGACAGCUGCAUCAUUAGGCUUGGCUUUGUACGUUCUUGGGUACGGCAUCGGCCCGAUGAUCUUCUCCCCGCUUAGCGAGAUCCCCAGUGUCGGACGCAACCCUCCAUACAUCAUCACCUUCCUCCUGUUCAUCCUUUUCAGCAUUGGUGCUGCGGUGGUCAACACAUUCGGAGGCCUGCUCGUCCUCCGAUUUCUUCAAGGUUUCUUCGGCAGCCCAUGCCUUGCGACCGGUGGUGCCAGUAUCGGCGAUGUAUUCAGUCUCCUAAAGCUACCAUACGGUCUCUCCGCAUGGGCUGCCUUUGCCACUCUGGGCCCUGCCCUGGGGCCCGUCAUCUCCGGCUUCAGUGUCCCCGUCGAGGGCUGGCGCUGGUCACUGUGGGAGACGGUCUGGAUGUCCUCACCAAUCCUAGUGGUGAUGUUCUUUUUCCUCCCCGAGACCUUCCCCGACGCCAUCCUCCUCCAGCGCGCGCGACGCCUCCGCCGACUGACCGGCAACGACAAACUCCUCUCCCAGUCGGAAAUCAACCAGAAGAAGCUCACCUUCACCGCAGUGGCCAUGGAAGCACUCUACCGGCCCCUGCAAAUCGUGGUCCUCGACCCCGCUAUCUUUUUCGUCAAUAUCUAUACCAGUCUCAUCUACGGCAUCUACUACUCCUUCUUCGAAGUCUUCCCCAUCGUCUACAUCGAGAUGUACCACUUCAACCUCGGCCAGAUGGGCCUCGUCUUCCUCAGCAUUGCAGUGGCCCUUGCCAUCGCCGUCCCCGCCUACUUUAUCUACCUGAAUAAGAUCUUCGAGCCUGAGAUCCGCACACAGGGUCUCCAAUCCCCCGAACGACGCCUCAUCCCCGCCCUCUUCGCCUGCUUCCUGCCUCCCAUCGGACUAUUCCUCUUCGGAUGGACUUCCCGCACCUCGGUGCACUGGAUCGUCUCGGUGAUCGGUAUCCUGAUCUACACGAUCGGCAUCUACGUGGUGAUUCAGUGCAUCUUCAUCUACAUCCCCAUGACGUACCCGCAGUACGCGGCGAGUCUGUUUGCAGGGAAUGAUCUCAUGCGCAGUGCGCUGGCUUGUGGUGCGGUGCUCUUUGCGCGUCCCCUGUAUAUCAAUCUAGGGGUUGGACCUGGAAUUAGUCUGCUGGCCGGGUUGACAGUGGGUUGCAUUGCGGGAAUGUUUGCGCUUUAUCGGUUUGGGGCGACGCUGAGGGCGAGGAGUAGGUUCACGGCGAAGUAG